AACGCAAGUCAUCGCUGUAGGUUGGACAAGUUAUGACGAAAGCUACAGCGCAAGCUCACGAUCACCACCAUCAUGCAGGGACAUCAGCACCAGCAUCUUCAUCACCACCGCUAUCGACUGGACGAUCAUUUGUUCCACCGUUCGCGGGAUUUCUGCUGAUCGUGGCCGGACUGAUAGUAUGCAGCUUGCCAGACGAAUGCAGUGGCGCCCAGCGGGAAUCACAGCUGCGGCUGGGGAAGGCGGUAAACGUUUUCCUGCGCUACGGCUAUCUGUCGAUAUCGAUGAAGGUCAUCUCGUACAACGAUAGCGAGCGAUGGCUAUUCAAGGAGCCGACGAACAACGUCUUCAAGGGACUGGAUCUGCUGAAGACGGAGCUGUACGAAGUGAAGCCGGGCAUCUUCAAUGGCGACUUCCAUAUGGAGUUUUGCGACAAUCGGCGCCAACUGUUCCAGGCGUACUUCCGCGACUUCCAGAUCGAGCGUCUGGACAGCUCGUGGCGCGCGUACACCGAGGGAUGGCACCCGGAGGUGGCGGCAAAGAAGCUAGGCAUCCAAAGCAAAUACCUCGAGCGGGACGAGUACUGUUACGUGCUGGUACGGGUGUCCCGCUACCGGGACAGUGCCCGGUUUGCCAAACCGAUCCCGCCGAACCAGACGAUCGAACCGGAGGUGGCCCGCAAGGCGCAGAGCGUCGUCGUCGGCGAUACGACGUCCGCGAUACAGUUCAUGAAUCAGUACGGGACGCACUAUAUCAACGCGUACGUGACGGGCAACUCGCUCUAUCAGGUGUUUGUGUUUAACAAGCGAAACUACGGACACGUGAAGGCGAAGCUGAAAAGCACCGGCACGCUACAGGUAUCGAAGGUAGAUCUGUACGAACACUUUGCGCCCUGGUUCGUGGAGCACAUGGGCAAGAUACGGUGCGCCAGCGGUAAUGCGUCCGUCGAAGCAUGGGCCUCUCGGAAGCUACGGCUUUCGUACUACGUGUUUACGUACAGCAGCUUGCUGAAGCUGCACGGUGACGGUGCGCUGCUGCGGAUACUAAGCGAGCUGCUGCAGAACGAAGCCAUCCUGCAGCUGGAUCUGCGCUCGCUCGGUGUUGUGUUUAAGGAUCCGGCCAAACGGGCAUGGUAUCGGGAAAUUCUAGAUAACUAUCUCAAGCUGUGGGAAGUGAAUAUGUAGCAAUCG